AUGAGAGGGAAAACAGAUAUUUAAACAAUUGAAUCAAGCAAAGAAAUACAUUUUAGAUAAACUACAAUAACUAAUUUAUUACCAACUGUAGUUAUAGAUCAUCAUGAAGAAUUCCACGACCCUCUUUAGCCUUCUCUCUAAAUGAUUGAAGAAUCCCUAGAUUCGAUGCAAUAAAAAGAAGUACCUAAAUUGUAUCCUUAUUACCUAGGAUAACGGAAUUACUGGAUUUCAAAAUUAUUCUUUUUUCAUUUUACUAAAUAUUCUUUAUAAUUGAAGAAGCAUGUUUUAGAUAAAGGUUUAAAGAUUAAUGAAUAACAUUUACCUUAACUUUCUCCUAUAGAUGAUUUAUAAUCAUCAGUAGAGGCAUCAUUGAAGAAAAUCAAAUAAUAUAACCAAAUUACUACUUGUUAAUUAGUUAAUGUAAUUUUUUUUGGAGAAUUGAAAUGGAUUACUUUUAAAUGUAUAGUCGCUUUUUUAAUUGAAUCUUUGUCAAAAAAUAGCAUCUCAUUUAUAUUAAGCAAUAUUAUAAUAUGUGUAUCAUCAAAUUAAAUAAAGGAAGCUCAUUAAUUUGCGAUUGUUUUGGUGACUUUAAAUUUAUUUUGUGUAUUAAGUAGACAUCAUGCUGCAAAUUAAUCAAUAAUAUUUUCAUCAAAAGCAAGACUGACUUUAAUAAAUUUAGUUUAUAUUAAAUUGAUUGAGUUAAAUUAAUAUUCAUUUAAAUAAGCAAAUAUUGGUAAAAUAUUAAAUAUCUUAUCAGGAGAUAUUAAUACUUUAGAAUAAGUUUUGAGUAUGAUAUUUCCAAGUAGUGUUGUCAUUGUUUCAUUAUCAUUAGCUUGUUAUAUUUUAUGGGAUCGAUUUAAUGGUUUUAUUGGUAUUUUAGUUGUAGCAAUUAUAUUUAUUGCCUAUCCAAUUUAAAUAUUUUUACAAUCUUUUAAUUCUCAAACUCUUAAACUAUAAAAAUAGCAUUAGGAUAAAAGAUUUAAAAUAACAAAUGAAUUAGUUGAGGGAAUUCGAUUGAUUAAAAUGUAUGCUUGGGAGUAAGCGUUUAGAAAAAUGAUCUUAACAGCAAGAGGAGAAGAAUUUAAAUGUCUAUUGAAAGUAGUUCUCAGAUCAGGAAUCGAUAGAUUAUUUACAUUAAUAUCUUAAAUAUGGGCCAGCCUUUUAUUUUUUAUAAUUUUACAUUAUGGAGGUUAUAGAAGUGAAAUAAAGGUUGCUGAAAUGAUUUCAACUUUGUAGCUAUUAUCAUUUCUUAAAUUAAAUUGUGUAUAUAUGGUUUCUUAUGGAAUCUAAUCAUUUAUACAGAUUAAAGUAUCAUUUGAAAGAAUCGCAAACAUUUUGAAUUUGUAAAAUUUUGAGAUGAAAUAAUUAAAUACAAAUAAAAAAUAGAAUCAUGAAAACCAAAAAGAUUAAAAUGUUUCUAGAAUUUAAUUCAGUAACUUUUCAGCCUUUUGGACCCAUUCUGUUUCAAAGGAAGAAAAAGCUGUGUUGAAAAAUUUAAAUUUGUAAAUAAAUAAGGGAGAGAUAUGGGCAUUGAUUGGAAAAGUUGGAUCAGGAAAAUCAACAUUUUUGCAUUCUUUAUUAUCAGAAAUUCCUGCUUAUGAAGGAUAUCUACUUUUUGAUGGUUAAGAUCCAAAAGUAAGUAAUCUAAGUAUUGCUUAUGUUGAAUAAGAACCUUAUAUAUUUCCAGAUACAAUCAGAAGAAAUAUUUUAUUUGGAAGACCAUAUGAUAAGUCUUUGUAUUAGAAAGUGACUUAAGCAACAGAGUUGGAUGUAGAUUUUUCUUUGAUGAAAUUUUCAGACCAAACAGAAAUUGGAGAAAGAGGUAUAACACUUUCAGGUGGACAGAAAGCAAGAAUAUCUCUUGCAAGAGCUCUUUAUUCAUUAGCUGAUAUAUAUUUAUUUGAUGAUCCAUUAUCUGCUGUUGAUGCUCAUGUGGCAGAAAUAUUAUUUUAGAUAGCAAUAAAAUAAUUUAUAUUGAAUGAAUAACCUUAAAUUAAUCCAAAUAAAAAAAUACCUACAGUUAUUAUUGCAACUCAUUAGAUUCAAUAUGCUGUUAAAUGUGAUAAGAUAGCAAUCUUAAAUUAAGGUGAAAUUAUUGCUUAAGGAUCUUAUGAUCAAGUAAAAUAAUCACUUUAUAUGAUUAAUGAAGGAUUAGCAUAAUAAUUGACUAGCCAAUAAAAUGAUAAUAAAAAUUAAGAAGAAAUAAAAUUAUCAACAAGAAGACGAAAUGGUGUUAGAUUAACUUAAAUUCAAAAUCUUACUAUCUAAGAGACUAAUUAAAAGGUUGUUUAACUUUCAACUUAUGUUAGAUAUUUUAAAUAUUGGAAAUGCUAUGAACUUUUUUUAAUAUUAGCAUUAGAAGCAGGAUCUGAAAUAAUAAUCAUUUUCUACUAAAGAGUUAUUUCAUUAUUUCAGCAAUAUUAAAUCUAAAAUGAAAUUAAUUUUGCCUUCACUCUAUUAGGUAUUCUGACAUUAGGUUUAUUGUUUUGUAAUUUCUUAAAGUAUCUUAUUAAUAAUUUGUAAGUUCAAAAAACUACUUAAAAUAUUCAUAAGUAAAUGCUUGAAUCCAUAAUUUUAGCUCCAAUCUCUUACUUUGACAUCAAUCCUUCAGGUAGGAUUAUCAAUCGAUUUUCAAAUGAUUUAUCUUUAUGUGAUGCUUAAACUAACCAAGUUUGUUUAGAUAUUUUAGAAUUGAUUGGAAAUUUUCUAUUUGCUUUAGUAACCUUAGCAAUUCUACAACCAUUCUUUUUAAUCAUGAUUAUUGGCUUAUUGUUAAUUGAUCUCUACUUAUAUAGUUUCUACAAUAAAAUUAUAAGUUAAUUGAAAGAAAAUGAAUUAAUAUAAAGAAGCCCUUUAUUUGAUUUCAUUAAAAAAACUUUAGGUGGGGCAAUUUAAGUUAGAGUUUAUGAUUAACGAAAUUAGUUUACUAAAUUAUUUUUUGAUCUUUCAAAUAAAUGCAAUCUAAAUUCAUUAACUUAUUAUUAUCAAACUAGAUGUUUUGGAUUUAAUAUAGAUAUGAUAGGUUUUUUGGCAUAAACAGUUGGGCUCUUUAUAUUUUUGAAUUUGAAUAAUGAUGAUAUUUCUAUAUUCUCUUAAGGAUUAUUAUUAUUAGCGACAUAUAAUGAUGGAUUAUAAUUAGGCUUAAGGUAGAUAAUUAAUUUUGCUACACAAAUGAAUUCAUACAAUAGAAUGUUUGAAAUUAUUGAUAUCUCUCCUGAAGCACCUCAUUUUAAAUAAGAUGAUGAAAACUUUCAUAAAUUCCCUUAAAAUGGUGAUAUUGUUUUUUCAAAUGUGUAUAUGAGAUAUAGAGCGAAUUCAGAUUUAAUUCUAAAAGGCAUUUCAUUUAAAAUAAAAAGUGGAUAGAAAAUUGGCUGUGUCGGUAGAACAGGUGCAGGAAAAAGUUCAAUCUUAUAAGCACUAUUUAGAAUUUCAGAAAUUGAAGAUGAUGAAGAUUCUUCAAUUUCAAUUUCCGGUGUUGAUAUUAGGAUCUUAGGAUUACAAAAAUUAAGAAGUAAUAUUGGGAUUAUUCCAUAAUGUCCUUUCUUAUUCACAGGCACCAUAAAAAGUAACCUAGAUCCUUUUGAAGAAACCAAUGAAGAAAAUAUUUGGAAAGCAUUACAAGUUACUGGUCUUAUUGAACAUAUUAAAUAAUUUCCAAAUGGAAUUUUAACUGAUAUUUCAGAUGUUAAUUCUGUUUUUUCAGUUGGAUAAAAAUAAUUAAUCUGUUUGACACGUGUUCUUUUAUCCAAAAAGAAGAUUGUUGUUUUGGAUGAAGCAACUGCAAAUCUGGAUUUAAAAACUGAUGAUUUUAUACAAGAAACAUUAAAAAAAUAACUUAAAGAUUGCACAAUAAUUACAAUAGCUCAUAGAUUAAAUACUAUUGCAGAUUAUGAUAAAGUUAUGGUCAUUCAUGAUGGAAUUGUAAUCGAAUAUGAUAAACCAUACAAACUUUUAGCAAAAUCAUCUAAUUCAACUUAUAUCGAUAAAGAUUCAGAAUUUUCAAGGCUUGUUAAGAAUACUGGUAAAUAGAAUGGCUAAGCUAUUUUUGACAUGGCUAAAAAAUAAUGA